AUGGAGGAUUCAGAUGAUUCAAACCAUGAGGAUGUCUGGUCUCCUACACUCCGAGAAGAUGUCUUUUCAAACCACGACAUGAACGACAUGUUCGGCCAAUCAUGGGGCAGUGAGCCGAGACAUCGCGUUGAACACUUGCCACUUCCAAACUUCAACUCCCUACGUUCGCAGCCUCUCAACCACAUAAAUUGGCCAAAUUCUCAGUCCCAUCAGCAACAGCGGGGCCAUAACACCACCGCUUCUACCAAAUCUUCAUCUUCAUCCUCUCGACAUCCUCUGUCCACCACCGUCAAUCGAAGUCGUUCACACCUUGACCUGCCCAACUUUCCUCUUCAAGCGAGCCCACUCGGUGAAGCGUCCAACUCUUCCGGUCGACCAGCUCUUCCGCCACCUCGCCGCGCGACUCCCUCCAGAGCACCUCCGCGUCCCACUAGCUUCGUUUCUGAGGAUUUCUGGUCCUCGUCAUCCGCCAUUUCCAGCUCCGAUCGAGAAGACACGCCUUGGCCCGAUACCGAGGAUCUCAGUGACUUUGUCGACCUCACCGCUGAUUCAACUCCACCAAACAUGCCGCCAGCGAACUCUCAACGUCGGCAACCGCCUUCACGAAUGUCCAGAAACACGUCUUCGGUCCCAUCGAAUCCCGCCAAGAGGAGGAAGACCGAGGCUUCCCAGUCAAGCAAUGCGGCACAUACAAUCGAGGAGGUCGAUCUUAGAGACCUAGACGAUGACACAGGCCUCUUCAAAGUUCUUGAGCAGCAACGCAUGGCUACCAUCAAGGCACAGAAAGAACAGGCCAACAAGCCCGUGAGAUUGUCCACAUUACAGUGUAUUAUCUGCAUGGAGAACAUGAAAGACCUGACAGCUACCCACUGCGGUCACCUGUUCUGCCAUGCAUGUCUCAUGGAAGCCCUGAUAGCUGGUGAAAAUCAGGGUGCCGAACCCGGAAAAGGCAUCCCCAAGUGUCCAGUGUGCCGGAAGAAGGUCAUGAGACCAAGUAAUCACGGCAAAGAGAACCACAAUGUAAUCCCGCUUGCGAUGAAGCUUAAGACAAAGAGUAGGAUCAACAAGGGAAAAGGAAAGGCUGUUGAUGGGGACUAUACCUGA